AUGGUCUCUACACAAUCCGAUGCUGUACAGGCAAAACUUGCUAAAACCCUGCAAAGAUUUGAAAGUAAGAUCAAAGCUGGAGAUUAUUACGAAGCCCAUCAAACGUUGAGAACUAUUGCCAAUAGAUAUGUUAGAAGUAAAUCAUACGAACAUGCUAUUGAAUUAAUCAGCCAAGGUGCUCUAUCAUUUUUGAAAGCAAAGCAAGGUGGCUCAGGCACAGAUUUAAUCUUCUAUCUUCUGGAAGUUUAUGAUUUAGCGGAGGUCAAAGUGGGUGAUGUUUCAGUUGCUAGAUUGGUCAGGUUAAUAGCGGAGUUAGAUCCUAGCGAGCCAAACCUGAAGGACGUUAUUACCGCUAUGAACAAUUGGUCCAUCAAGUUUAGCGAAUAUAAGUUUGGAGACCCAUACUUGCACAACACCAUCGGUACCAAACUUUUAGAAGGUGGUUUUGUUUACGAGGCCGAAAGAUACUUUAUGUUGGGCACACAUGACUCAAUGAUUAAAUAUGUCGAUUUACUAUGGGAUUGGUUAUGCCAAGUGGAUAAAGUCGAAGACAGUACAGUAGCUGAAUUUUUCAGCAGAUUGAUUUUCAAUUAUUUAUUCAUUUGUAAUAUUUCAUUUGCACACGAAUCAAAAGAAAUUUUUUUUGAAAGGUUUAUUGAGAAGUUCCAACCCAAGUAUGAGGAGGUUGAAAAAAACGGUUAUAAAAUAGUUUUCUUCGAAGAUUAUUCUGAUCUGAAUUUUUUGCAGCUGUUGCUGAUUACAUGUCAAACCAAGGAUAAAAACUACUUUCUGAAUUUGAAGAACCAUUACUUGGAUUUUUCUCAAAUUUACAAGAGUGAAUUGGAAUUUUUGGGCCAAGAGUAUUUUAAUAUUGUUGCCCCCAAACAAUCUAAUUUCUUACAGGACAUGAUGUCGGGAUUCUUGGGCGGAUCAAAAUAA